AUGGACGCGCAGGACGCUAUGCUGACGGCACGGAGAGCGUUGAUGGGCCUCGGCCACUUGCAGACCAGCGGCGCCGCAGACGCCGACCACCCCCUAGAGGAGCACGAGGCUGCCGCGGGCGCCGACCGCGGCACCUUGGACGUCCGAAUUGUCGCCAUUUUCGCCAUCGCCGCCGGCGCGCUGCUAUGCGGCCUCCCGCCGCUCUUCCUGCGCGCGUUCCAGAGCCCAGACGCGCCCUUUGCGCGGAUAGCACGCGCGUUCGCCGGCGGCAUCAUCCUCGCGCUCGCCCUGGUCCACAUCAUCCCAGAGGCGGUCAUGGAGCUAUCGGAGAUCGUCGACUUUCCUAUUGGCGGCGUGGCCGUGCUGGUCGGCAUCUUGGCGCUGGUCAUAAUGGACUCCUCCCUGACGGCCCUGUGGGCGCCAAAGGAUUACAAGGAGCAGCUGCGCGCAGGCGUGGCCUCCGGCAGCGGCAGCAGUGGCGGCGGCGCGGCCACGGUCAAGGCCCUCAGGAGCGCCUGCGGCCACGGUCACAGCCACGGCAGCAGCGGUGGCGGCGGCGGUGGGAAGCCCCAGGCUGCGGCGGCGGCGGCGGCGCACCAGCGCGAGCUGCAUGCUCAUGCGGGCGGGGAUGCCCACACCCAUGCAGAUGACCAGGGGUCCCACGACCACGGCCACAGCCACCACAGCAACCACCACAAUGACAGCGGCGACGACGCGGCCGAAAAGGGCGCCGUCUCGGCGAAGGAUCUGAUCUCGGCGGCCGAGGAGGGCGCCGCCGCGCAUGCGCCGCACACGCACUCCUGCACGAGCAGCCUGACGGCGCAGCGGUGGCUGGGGUCGGCCGGGGCGCUGGGCAAUGUGAAGCAGCGGGUGACGGCGUACACCAUGGAACUGGGGUGCAUCUUCCACAGCAUCAUCAUUGGUGUGGGUGUGGGCGUCAUCACCAGCGAGCGGCAGCUGGUCAUUGUACUCAUGGUCGCCCUCAUCGUCCACCAGGGCCUGGAGGGUAUGUCCCUCGGCACAGUGCUCGCCCUCACCCACUUCCGCCUCGCAAAGAAGGUGGCCAUGGUGGUGCUCUACUCACUCACAACCAGCGCCGGCAUUGCCAUCGGCAUCGCGGCCAGCGCGACGUACGACCACGACGGCGUGACCAGCAAGGCGGUGCAGGGGACGCUCAACGGCGUGUCGGGCGGCAUGCUGCUCUACAUCUCCAUGUACCAGCUGAUUGCUGAGGAGUUCAGCCGCGAGGACCUGGUGGUGAAGGCGCGCCUGCGGCUGGGCAUGAUCGGCGGCCUGCUGAUGGGCGCGGCCUGCAUGUGCGUGCUCGCGAUCUGGAGCUGA